AUGAACGAAUCCACCUCUCACCCCGCCAAGCCCGAGCAUCUCAAUCACUGCGAAGACGUCAACACUGCCGAGCCAGUCCCCCAAAAUAAAUCCGAUGCUGUACCAGAAGGAUUAAAGGCCAAGAUAGUCGAAGACACAGCCAUAGACAAUACCUACAACGUCUCCGUCUCCGAAACGGAGGUUUCCAUCAAUGCCCUCUUGAACACUGUCGCCAGCUAUCCAGCCCAUCAAGCACAGCUCCAGCGUCUCCAGCAGCUCCUCGCACAGAAGACCAGCAUUGAGGCAAGCAUGGCAAAGCAGUUGGCGAACCUACAGGCUACGUAUGAGGCUCAUUCAUACGACGUGGAAAUGGUUUUACAGCGCUAUAUGAAGGAAAUGAAGUGA